AUGCAUGCGCGCUGUUCCAGGGAGUUCCCCGAAUUCGGCCCGUGGGCCUUCGCCUCCUCUCCCGAUGACACAAAACAGCAGCAAGCCGACUUGCGCCUCUUUAUCAACAUGUGUCUUUACUUGCUGAAGCUGCUUGGCUGUGCCAUACCUCCACUAGACCCAGAAGAUCUUCAAGCUGCAUGCAAAGCAAUAGCCGGCCAUGGCACUAAGAGGCAACAGGGACCUGUUGGAGGCCCCCAAGGGGCUUCCAAGCUGCAUAAAGGCUGUGGAAACUCGGGGAAUGUUUACAAGGUCCAAAUAGUCCAGCACGAAGUAUAG